CCCUAGUAAUGGCCGCCCGUUUUUGUUGUUUACCGCGCGCCACCACCCGAGUGAUCCAUCCAUCCCCUCCAUCGGACUCUCCACUCCCCCCGCGUCCCACGAAUACCGCCGCCCCCGGCCCUUUCCGCGUUUCCUCCUCAUCCUCCUCCUUUCACCGCCACCGUUGCCGUCGGUGACCCCUGCAGGAGGAGGCGCGAGAGGUCGAUCGAACAGCACAGCCAUGGCGGCGGUCAAGGUGGACAAGGCCACCAACGAGCUGCUGCUGGGCCCCGACUGGACCCUCAACAUCGAUAUCUGCGACGCCGUCAACUCCGAUCACGGGCAAGGAAAAGAGGUGAUUAAAGCUUUGAAAAAACGUAUUCAGCACAAGAAUGCAAAUGUUCAGUUUCUUGCUUUGACGCUAUUAGAGACUCUAAUAAAGAACUGUGGGGAUCAUGUACAUUUUCAAGUUGUAGAGCGCAAUAUACUGGAGGAAAUGAUCAAGAUUGUGAAGAAAAAGGCGGAUAUGCAAGUGAGGGAUAAGAUCCUGAUGCUCCUGGACUCUUGGCAAGAAGCAUUUGGAGGGCCUGGUGGAAAGCACCCUCAUUAUUACUGGGCAUAUGCUGAAUUGAAGCGAUCUGGUGUCGAAUUUCCAAAGCGUUCACCUGAUGCUGCACCAAUAUUUACUCCUCCGGUCACACGACCAGAGUCUUUGCCAUCAUAUCUUCAAGCAGGGUAUGGAAUGCCAGUUGAUUCUUCCUCAAGGCUUGAUGAGGCAAUGUCAUCAAAUGGAGCUUCUCUGAGCAUCUCAGACUUGGAACGAAUGCUGGGGGCUGUGGAACUAUUAAAUGAGAUGUUGAGAGCUGUCAAUCCAAAUGAUAAAGACGCUGCCAAUGAUGAAAUUAUUACAGAACUUGUGGCCCAAUGCCGGUCAUACCAGAAAAAGAUCAUGAGUUCAGUAAACAUAGUAAGGGACGAGGAACUCUUGGGCCAAGCUCUUGAUUUAAAUGAUAAAUUACAAAUUCUGCUUGAGAAACAUGAUUCGAUUGCAUCAGGUUCUCCUUUAUCUUCUGAUGUAAUAGAUGUUAUCAGUGAAGUGCCAUCAGGAAUGGCUCUAGACCUAGGAGCAAAUGUUCCUCCACAAGCUGCAGUUUCUACAACCAUAGUACCAACCAAUGUUUUGAAUGACGAAGAUGAAGAAAAUGAGGAUGACGAGUUCUCUAUGCUAGCUCGAAGGAACUCAAAAUUUCAGUCCACAAACACCCCGAGCACCUCUUCAUCAACCAUCCAUGAUGAAAUAUCAAGUUCUACAGCUUCUGUUCCCACAACAUCACCAUCCAUUGCAAGCAAUGCAUUGUCUCUGCAUGAUCCUCCAGCCCCAGUGAGGACAUCUCCAGAGGAGCAGGUUAUGAGUGACCUUCUUGCACUCACCAUAUCAACUCUAUCACCAUCCUAUACCCCGGUAACACCUGAACCAGGCUUAAAUCAAGCCAGCUCACCGACAAGUGGGCAUCCGCAGGCUUAUCAUGGAAACCAAAGACAUGUAUCUGCAACUUAUGUCGCUCCGUGGGCUCAGCCUCAGUCUAAGACCACAGGAAGUCAACAACUGACACCCACUCAAGCACAGUUAUCUUACAGCUCAUUUGCUUACCCGCCGCCACCCUGGGCUUCACAGGACAACACCGAAUUGAACCCUUUUGUAGCAUCAUCAUCAUCAUCAUCUCAGCACCAGUCCACUUCGAGCACUCCUAUCAUGCCACCGAACUUGAGGCCUCUGCAGCAAUCACAUUCUUUUGGGGUACCACUUCGAACCGCGAGUUUGGACUCACCAAUAAAUGGGAACUUGAAGCAACCACUGUCUGCUGGGGCUCGGAGGCCAUCUUAUGUUCCUUCAAACAAGUUUUUCGAUGACUUGUUUGAGAGAAAUUCGGAUGGUAGCCUGAAAGUAGGCAGUACAAUUGGUGGUGGCACUACCAGCCCAUACAAGGCAUAGUGAUGUCUAUGGAAAAGGAAGUGUAAAGAUUGUCAAUGUGCAAGUUUGUCCGUUCGCUUGUCCUGGCGUUUGAUGUUACCAGCUGCCUGCAUCUUCUUGAGGUUUCCUCUUUUCAGCCUAGACUGAUUUAGUUGAUGCUUCUGUGGAACAUUCUGACCAUUUCAUAAAUAAUUUUGCCAAACCAAGCUAUGUGAAAGCAUCAGCCUAUUUGUUAGCCAGACAUCUUGAAUGGCAAAAGGUGAUCAUUCCUAAAUCGUGUAAUAAAACGGGUUUACUUCUAUAUGUCAGUUUUUAACGGCUUUAGAGAUAGAAAUAGUUUGUUGUCUCCAGUUGGAGUAACUCAAUAAUGAUUCAACUUGUAGGUCAAGUUGACAUGCAACUGUUAUCGUCA